AUGCCCAGUUCAGUUUUCGCCCUUGUUUUUACUUCCUGUGUUGCUUUAAGCCUCUGCAAUGUUUCUUUGACAGCGACUAAACAACAGGACCUUAUAAAGAGUCGGGAGAAAUGUGGAAAGGUGAGUGAAUAUUUUGGUGAGAUCUCACCCUGGGUCGUCGUCAAGUGACCUCAGUCUGCAACUUAGGUUUUUGUAUAUGCUGUAUACAUUUCGACGUCAGGGUCUGGGAAAGAACAUGAAAGGGGGAAAGACGAGCUAAGACUUAACUUUUUUAGAGAAAUAACCAAAAAAAAAAAAUACCAGCCCACAAUUCUCAGGUUUUGCGAGAGUAGCUUGUUGGCGGCGAAAUGUUAAGCUUUUUAUUGUUAUCUCCCGUUCAAAUUUUUGUAACAAAACUAUUUCAGGUCAUUUUAUUAAAACGGCCCGUCACAUAUACUUUCCUCGUUCCGCUCGCUAAGAAACUCUUGAGGUCGACUUGUAGCAAAUCUAUACGAGGGCUUGCCGAGGUUGAAGAGCAAAAGAAAUACCAACAACAUUCAGCUAUGCAAUGAUAAAACCAAGACAAAAACAAGAAUCUCAUUUAUUAAGAUCAGACUGUGAAAGCCCGGGUAUGAUUGAAAGCCGCUUUGACCCAUGCAUGACGUUGUUGUUUCAAGGGCCAAAUGUGAAUGACCUUUAUUCUUCUUAAGCAAAAAAAAAUGCACAAACAAAACUGAAUAAGUAAGUUACCUCACCUAGUACGUAUAUGACGUUUAGUCAGUUAUUAUCUUCUUUGCCUAUCUCUGCAGUACCUGACUUAUGAGGAUUGUUUGAAAAAAGUAUACGAAGCGGCCGAACACUGCCGUGCUCAGUCCGACGAGACGCAGCUCUCGGUUAGCUUCAAUGACAUUUGUGAUGGAUAUCAAGAAAAGUUGAAAAGACUCUGUCUAGCUCACUCUGCAAAAGGUUUGUAUUGAUUGUCAAAAAAACUGGUGUAACAUGCAUCAAAAGUGACAGUGUGUUCAAAUGAUGCAGGGCAUAGCUUAAAAACACCUAAAUAGAUGUUAAUCUUUUUAAAUCUAAGUUGAAAACGUUUCUUUUUAAAACGUUCCCUGCUAGCAGAGGUCUCUCACGACGAGGCAAAAAUGAGAGAAAGGAGAGAGACUCUCUCCUUUCUCUCAUUUUUGCCUCGUCGUGAGAGACCUCUGCUAGCAGGGAAUUUAAAAAGGUAUAGGACAUUUAGUUUCGUCAUAUUUGUUUUUGUUUUUGUUUUUGUUUUCUUUCUUUCCUUUUUAAGAUGUGUACAGUAGGGUUAUAUGUAAGCUUGUGCUUAAUGAUAUUCUUAUGUUCUUUUUUACAUUGUAAAGCGCUUAGAACAGCGAUGUAUAAGCGCUAUAUAAAUUCCAUUAUUAUUAUUAUUAUUAUUAUUAUUAGAUGCUUAUCGAAGAACAUAAGUUUAGCGGAAUCCUUUCAAUUGCGGAAUCCUUACUCUCAACUGAACGUCAACUCUGACGGACUGAAAAUCGCAGGCAUGGACAAUUGGGUUUGAUGACCUGGGAGAUCGCUCACAUGACGUAUUCUCCUCGAGCAUCUUAGGAUCCUUAAUACAUGCGAGCACUUUUUUCCUGAUUUUAAAUAAUAACUAUAAUCAAUUUUCCUUUUCCUCAAUAAUCAAAAGAUAAAUUGAUUAUUAGGCUUGUAUUUUGCCUCAGCGGGCCAGGAAUACGUCAACGUACAGCCAAAUGCUGUGUUAUCCCUUCAUUAUUGGCUGCAACAAACGUUCACUCACCCAUGAAAGGGACUUCGGAUUUCGGAAUGGGGGAAAUUGUUGCACGUGGAAUCAAGAUACAGCUCCAGGAUCCUGAAUCCUACUAACAACUAGAAUCCAGAAUUCCACUUCCACUGACAAAGCCUGGGGAAUCCAGUACCUAGGAUCCGGAAUCCACGGCGUGGAAUCCAGAAUCCAAGAUUGUCUUUUAUUCCCUUACAUGGGGCAAAUUUUGCAAGUUGAACAGCAGGACAUUGUGGCUGCGACCAAUCCUUAAAACUCAUUGUCUUCCUCUGUUUGGCAAAUUUACCAUGUACCUUUUAAAAUUAUAUCUGUGCUGUUAUUUACAGUGCCUUCUAAAGCUAUACCGCUUUGGAAAGGACAAAAAUUAAACUUUCAGAAAAAAAAAAAUGCCGUCUCAGGAAACCCAUAACAUUCCGCAAUAAAAAACAUAAACAAGGCAUAUUUCUGCAUAAUUAUUUUUUACAAUUUUUUAAUAGUGUAAUUUUGCCAGGAAAAUUGUCUAUUUUGUGUAAUACAGUAGAAACAUAUUUUUUGCUUCAAUAUCUAGGCAAAACAGAGCGACUAGCAAGUUUUUACAAAUUCAUUUUGUGACGUUGUUAUAUUAUGCAAACUAGGUCAGAGCUAAUUAGCAUAGUGAAAUUAGAUACUUGAACGUCACCUUGUGGACGGUAAUUUACUUUCGAAAGGCGCUGUAUUGUUUUAGUUUCUCGGCGAAAUAUCGUGCUAUUUAUGUCACCAAAAUAUUAUAAUGUUGCAUAAUUUCUCAUUUCAUGUAAAUAAUUUUAUAUACACCUGUAGUAUGUAUAAAGUUGUUUCCACUUAAAUUUUCUUGUAAUACUGUUAUUUUUCAGUUCCAAUCACGGCCAACACCCAAUUUCACAUGAACUUUUCACUAAACUCCCGGAUUAGUCUUUCUUUUUUGUUUCAGCUUACGUUUUGUCUGUUGAUUUUUUAGCUUCUUGCCUGGCUUGCUUUGAACGAAUGGAAAAGGUCUUGAAAAACUGCGAAAUGUUUUCCGAAAAUGUCAACUGUGAUCUUAACGCCAUGACCAGUGAAUGCAACGAAACCAGGGUGGCGCUCAUCAAGCAUUGCACUCACAAAGAAUGUGGAGGUAAGUAAGUUCCACUUGAAACUCAAAAAACCUCUAAAGAAAGAUUAGCUGGAAUUAUAAAAGCUGGUGUAAAAUGCCGUAAACAAGCACGCCAUUUGCAAGUCAAGGGCAGUAAACAUAGAGUUUUAUGCUUUGCCAGGAAACAUGAAAACCGCUGGCAAAAUUGUGAAAACAGAGAACUAAAUCUGGGAUAUAAAGAUGGCAAAUGCCGCUUUUGCCUCCUUAUUUACAUCCCGUACUUUAAAAUUUAUUGUUCUAGGUAAAUGUGACAUUAACUAUCGUUGCCCAUAUUUACUGCUCAGUUUUUACAUUUUUGGAGCAAAUUUGUGCAAAUCCUUAUAAUUCUUUCAUAUAGUACAUGCAUUUGCGCUACUCACCUUUACGUAUAUACCGGUGACUUAUUUUGUUCCUUUAUCUUAAGUCUGCAAAGAACUUUAUUGCCGCAACGGAGGGAAGUGCGCUGGUCCUACUGCUGCUUGGUGCACGUGCCCGCCAGGAUACGGUGGAGCGUUUUGUCAAAAAAGUAAGUAUUAUUAUAUAUAUUAGAGUGAUGGGAGGUUUGCGUUUCGUGGCUGAAAAUGGGACCUGUACUUAUACGAAUAUCAUGACGCGCGCUUUGAAAUCACAUUGAUUAUUGGAAGGGUCUCAUAGAUACCUUGGAGAGUGGCCUGAAUGGGAGUCAUUUAUUUACUUUUCACGCUGAUCGGAUAGAUAACUUCUCCUUACUGGCUUCAUCAGCACCCCAAGGUUUCAUAUAAAAGACCAUUUUACUGUUUUGGGUUUAGUAUCUCAGCCUUUUAGUAGCUUAAGUCGCAAGCUUUUCCAGGCUUACCUUUGAGUGAACGUGAGGCGUCGAGGUUGCAUGACCUUGUUUUGAUACAAACUUGUUUCCUGUUCUUAUGGAAUGUAUCGUUCAAAGACACUAGUCAGCAUUAUUAACGUAAUAAAGAAGAAAGGGUCUAUCAAAACAAGACAAACUCCAGCCUCGUUUUCAUCUGUUAACUGUAAAAUGGGCUAUUCCUACCUCCACGACGAGGAGACAUCAAUUAACAGGGAACUUACCUUUGCACUAAAUAUUGUGAAAAAUAAAUAAAUAAAUAAAUAAAUAAACAGUUCGCGACAGAUGGUUUUAUAAUUUUCUGAAUUAAGGCAGAUGUGCAAGAAAUCCGUGCAAGAAUGGUGGCUCGUGUAUCGGUGACAACCUCUGUAAGUGUCCACCUCUUUAUUCUGGACCUCGAUGUGACAGAAAAAGACUGGGAAUUAAGAUUAACCCCGCACCAAACGCUCAGGCAAUCCUUGAUGCUGGCGAUAGUUUGGGCAGCGGUUUGUACUGGAUUCAACCACCAGGAGAAACCCUUCCGGCUCAAACGUACUGUGAUAUGAGUUUUGCUGGUGGAGCUUGGAUGCUAGCAAGUUACGGAUACGUUCACACAACGGGUGUAAAUGCCAACAACAAGGCCAUACCGAACAUGAACAAUCCUUUUGGUUACGCCUGGCUUCCUACCAAGCGUAGUUCCUCGAAUGGUGUCAUUAAUCUCCCUCAUGGUGCUGUCAAUUUGGCCAACACUGCUCACUAUAUGAUCAUGGCUGCCGGCAACAACCCAGCCACGGGAGGAAUCAAUCAAUACCAGUAUGUCUACCGGAUUGCCCUUAAGGAUAACCCUUAUAACAUUUCCUUUGCCAAUCACAAUCGUUAUAAUGGCGGACAGCCAGGCCGAAUGCAUGUCCAGGAGUUCAUUGUUGAAGCCCUCAAGGGCGAAAGUGGGACAUACUUGAGAUUUGCACUAGGGGAGGCCUUAGGGGUGACAUGGAGCGACUCGUACCCCACAGGGUAUGGUUUUAGUGAAAAAAACGCCCCAUUUUCGAUCUUUAACAAGGGUCCUUUCUUUCCCAGUGUGCAUUCCGGAUCUGGACGUAGCCCGUGUUCUGUAUGCACUCCGACCAAUUUCGAACCGGAUGUACCGGGGGGGUCUCCUUACUACACCCAUCGUGGAUGGUAUACUGCCAACACUUUCGCAAAAACGGGUCAGACCUCGAUUUGGUUCAAAUGAAGGAUUUUUUUUAGGAACCUGAGCACUAGCAUAGAGAAGUACCUAGGUUUAAUUUACUGUAAGUUGCGCUAGCGCCUGCCAGCGACAAACUUGAUUGUUGGACAAGCAUUAAGAAUGAAAUUAAAUCAACUUUGUCUAUCCUCAGCAGUGUUAAUUACGCAAAGGUAGACGGGAUAGUGUGUAAUGAGCGAAUAACUUGAAUAAAUAAAUCAAAUAUCAAUAUGACAAGAUCAUGAGUAGGCAAGCCAUCCCAGUCAGUCCUCAGCUCUACCGGGCAAGGCAUGAAUUGAAGCUGGACGAUUGGAAGUUCAGAGGUCUAACCGCUUGGCCACGCUGCCCUCUAAGUUACUUGUAAACGGAAAACCUUUAAUAUAUAUAUUUAUAAAAUAACUGAGAUAGUACGCGUGAUCUGAUUGGUCAAAAACCUAUGGUUUAUUAUACCGGUAAACCCAUAGAAAAAGGCAUCCGGACCACGCGCCAUAAACAAAACCGGCUAUUGAUCUGCAAACAAUGAUUUUAGAAAGGCUAAAAAAAGAACAAGUUACUUACCCAGCCCUUCUUAAUAUCAAAAGCGUUGGUUUCCACAUUUUAUUACUGCCAUAGCUUUAGAAGUAAUAAAGUACAAAGCUGGAAAGCAGUUUACAUUUCACGACGAUGCCAAAUCGCUGAGAAAGGCAACAACUGUGUGAAUUUCUGGUGUAGAAAGUCUCCAGGAAAACUUGACCAUGUGCCAACCAGCAACAAAACGGAUAGUUUUAGCAUUCUUGAUUUAUUUUAUGUCAAAAUUAAAUUCCUUAAUGAAAGAAAUUGUUCCAAAAAGAGAUCUCUGAUCAAGAUAUGGUACAAAAUCGGCCACUGUAGGUUGUAAACAAGCUGCCAACGAUGAUGAAAGAUGUCAGAGUUUCGGGCUGGUUUUUUCCAACAUUUGCACAAAUUAUUCGGUGAUAUGGAUGCCAUAACCUACCUCAAACCACCUGCAUGACUUUACAAAUCGACAAAUAUUAACGCCAAUAUGUGGCUACGGCAAAGAAACUUUUCUCCACCACUGACAUAUUUCCAUCGGUCGCUGUACGUGCAUAUGAAAGUUACAUGCGACAACUUCGCAAAUGCAGCCACGUCGUUACCGCAGCAUUUCUUAAUCAUAAUAAAGUCCAGAAAACAGAUCUGAAACCACUGCGGCUUGUAAAAUGUGAAUGAAGUCCUCCAUUACAAUAGCUGCCAGUUCCGUCUGUAAGCACAAAAUUCUUACUGAUCGGCUCAACAAAAUACAGCGGCGUACAGUCUGAUGUUCAAUUAAUUUCUACUUCGGUAGUAAACAAACCAUGAACGUAUUUUUUCAUUGUACGUUCGCUUGAAUAAAUGUUGACUUUUCCUGUAAAACAGCUUUCAUAAGUUAUCAUGUAAUGAGUGCAAAAACUCGUGUUUUGAAGUGCUGCUGUUUGUUGUUUUACUGAACUGAGUUUUAAGAAAGUUCAACGCUAUUAAAUCGUGAGUCAUGAUUGGCUUAUGAUGACUUUAGAGAGAAGACGUGACUUGAUCACGGUACUAAAACCAUAUUUUUUACCGAAAAGACUCCAUUCUACUAAAAGUUAUUUUAUAAAAGCAAUAGACCACACUUUCUAUGGGUUUACCGGCGUGAUAACCCACUUGGGAUGUUGGGAGAACACUCGAAAAGCUUGUAAAUCACUCGCCUUCGGCUCGUGAUUUACAAGCUUUUUCUCGUGUUCUCCCAACAUCCCGCGUGGGUUAUCACGCCGGUAAACCCAUAGAAAGUGUGGUCUAUUGCUUAAAUAUAUAUAUAAAAAACAUAAAAAACCUACUCUUAGGAUCUUCCAUUAGCCUAUCCUGGGAGACGCAGACUUCUCAAAUUGCUGAAAUUCAAAAAUGUAAUGUCACCAUCCUAGCCUGUUGCCAUGGAUAUGGAGAUCGAGGAAGAUGACGGUGUUAUCCGUCGAGCCCUUCUUAUGAUACGAAAGCCGAAUUCAAUAAUGGUUUUAUUAUUCAUUCAAAAUAAUUCCUAGUUUAAAAACAUGGCAAAAACAUGCUUACCUCCAUCGAUCCAUCGAUGUUAAGUUCAUCUUCGAUAGUGCACGUUUGGGGUUGUUCAGCUCCGCAAAUAUUCUCCAAAUAGCAGAUGUCGCCCUUCGAGUUGUCAUCUUGCUGUUCUUGCCAUGUUUUUAGCUAUUAUUUCGCCUAGUUCUUACUCUUGAAAGGAGUGAAUUGUUCGCCAUUUUUGUUUUCACAACAAAAACAACUCAACCUCGUGCCCAGGUAAUUUCGGUUAACGGUGCAUUAACCUGCAAGAAAGCUGCACGUUUGACGUCAUCGGUUCAUUAAACGCAAAACUCUUCCAAAUUUGGUCAUCAGCAGUUGGUUAUGGUGAAUUAUGCGUGUGUUUUUAGCCAAUCAGAAUCGGGGAAAUAUUUUGAAUGAAUAAUAAUAAUGGGUCAUAGACGAAAAUUCGAAAGCUAAGGAGUAAUAGGUGAUACUUUGACGUAAAGUAGAAAUUGGAGGGGACCUAGUAAUCUACCUUGUGGUACUCCGCAAUUAUUGUUUGUCUGGAAGAUUCUGAACUUUUACCAGAAACAUGUUGUUUACUGUUUGUUCCAAAUUCACUUAGUAGAAUGCUGAAUGACACUAGAACUAUGCAAAACCAUUGCCAAAGAGGUUUCGUUUGACGAUCACACCAUAGGACUUUGUCCACAGACUCAAGUUAGAGCAUUUCCGUUCAAGUUAGCGCAAAAGCUGGAACUCGAGAGUUACAACGUUCGCGUAUGAAAUAUCUUUACUUUUAUAGAGAUGAUUUACCCACAAAUUUGGAAAAAAAAACAUAGCUGAAAGGCUAGCAAACCGCUGGCCAGGAAUGCGCUCCUGAAAACAGUGAAUUCUGUUUCACGAGAUUCUCAAUGGAAAACAUUAAGAUUCGAGGAAAACAAAAUAAACUGUUUCCGGAGGGACCAGUCACUUUGUAUAUUAAGUGAUUUGUUAUAUAGCUGGAAACUUUGAAGCUGGAAAUUCAUUAAACCUCGCUGUAACGGCGGUCGUCGGUGAACAUUCAAAGGUAACAGUGCUUUGUUAUACUCUCUGAUGUCAUAGAUUUUGCCAUGUUGCCUACUCAGAGUUUUUGGCGGGAGACAGUUUUACUGUUAGAUGUCAUGUGACCUCGAAGUAACCAGUGAGUCUGGCGCGCUGUUGGGGAAAAAUUUCCAGCAAUAUAACAACAGUUAUGAUAAAUUUAUGAAAUAAAGCUAAUUUAAGAGUAAUAUCAAUAAUUCAAUAACGAAAAUAGAAGCAAACGGCUUAUUUUAAAAUACUCCGUUACCAUGGCAACUUCAAUGUUGACGUACACGUCUCGACGACUUAUAAAAUUGUUCCCAGAGGAAUUUUGAAAAAAAAAAGGCUGUGUUUGGUUUUGUUCUGUAAAUGAGUUUGUAAUGGUUUCAAAGUGGUUGAUAAUAUACUUUCUGACAAACUGCGCCCUUGAUACGCUCUAGGAAUACCCUGCCCUUUUUUUGUGGCAAGAAGCGAAUCUUAUAAGUUUCCAAUGAAAGCCUGCAUGGCCUAAGCUAGCCAAAAGUUAUCAUAAAUGCCAUCGUUUUUUUUCUAUUCAGGACAAAUAUUUAUUUAAAGAAAGUACCCGAAAAUUGGAUAUGGAUGACAAAAUCCGGUAACCCAUCGAUACUGUCAAACAUUUUAGUUAUCUCACUUAUGGGCAACCCGAUCUUGUCUUAAGCUUAAAACAUGUCAGCAGACUUAGAAAAAAAAGGCCACCUUUUCCAAGUUAAACUCAAUCCAAAAAUGACCAAAAACCGAUCAUACUUUGUUUUCCCUUUGACAGUCCAAAAAUAGCCAAAUUUUUUCAAAGAUUUGACUAACACAUUAUUUUUCUCAUGAGAUUGCUUUCUCUUGCAAUACAGAAAUAAUUAAUCAAAGUAUACAUUGCAAAUGACAACGUCUGGGGCGAUUAUUCAAAUAUUUUGACACCGCUCACUUAACUGAACGGAAAUCUUUUUCGAUGCUAACCAAAAAAUUCUUUAUACGUUUAACUUCCCGUACGGGAGUAUAGUCCUCGAGGACAUGUUUCUUCGCGGCGAGAAGAGUCAUGAAGGUAGGUGCUUUGUUUUCUUCUGUCAGCAGUGCUUUCUGAAUGAUCGAAGAGUGAUAGUGGGCGCAUGAUGGAACGCAUAUUCCAUUUUCUUUUUUGAAAGAUAGUAGUUAUCUUACAGUGUAAACAUUUUAGUCUGUCCGUUUCAUUGCUCUCUUUCAUAAAUAAUGACAUUGUUUCGGUAUACAAAAACUCAGUCGGCGAAAUUAAAGGCAGUGACGCAUUCUGAUUUGUUACUCGGUAAAGCAAGAAACAGAACUUGCCACAGUGCUUUCUCAGGUAGGUCGCUCGUCUAGGCCUGUCUCUGUUGGACUUCACUUUCUUGUUGUCGUUGCUGUUUUUGUUACUUUUUAAAGUGUAAUUUUCGAUGGCUUUAAAGUUUGUUGCCGAAGGUUGGAUAGAUCUUAGGGGUGUUGGCUUUCAACGAACGGGGUGAAUUAGCCUUUUCUAUUCUGGCCAUGAAAAUCACUGUUAGCGAAAGCAACGGCCCUCUUUGUUCCCACGGCUGUUCCAUGGGUCUCUAGGUAGUUGCUACGGCAAAAUUGGAGCGAGUGUUCUCUUAAUAUAAGAAAGAGUAUUUCUUUUAGCUACUUGCUAGGUAUUGGUGCUCUCUUUCCGUAAAAAUCUUCGUGUGCGUGACAUACUGUGGUUACGGCCUGUUCUUGUGGUAUGUUUGUGUAGAGGCGAAGUUUUGAAGGUCAGAUAACUUCCUUUACGACUACGUGUAGGAGUCGUGCGUUGCCCGUCGUCAAUUUUAAACCAAGUUUAGGGAGGAGGGAGAAACUGCCCCAAAAAGUGGGGAGGAGGGAGUUUUUACCCUCCUGUACCUCCCCCUCCAUUUAUCUCGGUUCUUUAAAAGUGUUCGGGUUUCCAUGAAAGUUUAUGGAAAGAGGAUAACGUUUCCCACGAGAAUUAAUACAGUACUGUUAUGGCAAGAACCUAAAAUUACCCAAAACAGCUUAUUUUUUCCCAUAAUUGUCACGCUGUUGAUUCAAGAUCUUUUACCAUAGAGCCCCAUGCCAGUACUUUCCUGGAUGAAAGUUACAGAUCGAUCUAUUUUCUCGUAAUUCAGGUCGAUAACUGUUUGCCUAUAUACUUAACAUGUCAUUGCAGAUUCAACGUACUAUUCUGUAUCUUGCCAUGCGCAUUUUAACCGUCCUCACCGUAAGCUCCUGUGUGACGUUGAGCCUCUUGUUGCAGUCUCCCAAUUCAUCGAGUCAACCGGGCAUUGUGCAAGAAGAGAGAAAGUGUGAAGAGGUGGGUAUAAGUCGGGGAGAGCACAAAGAUUUCUUUAGACAAUUGUCCAUUCGGUGACGUUACAGUACAAUAAUAGUGAUGAGAAGUUUCUUAAGCAGAAGAGUAUUUGUUCAGUAUUGGUCAAUCGAAGAUAUCACUUGCUAUUUUCUAAAUUCCCCUCAAAAAGUUUUCAUUAAUCAUUAGUGGCGUCUCUCAUGGACCUUUUCCCUGUUUUCGUGGCCACUAAAGCUGCCCCCGAACAAUUUUUUUUUAUCCCAGGGGCUUCCUAGCAGCCAGGAAUGGGCAUCUCUGUUGUGUCCCACAAAAUCACGUGACUGAUCAUGCAGUUAAUGUAACCUAUCGGCUCGCCCUAACUUGAAUAAACACUUCUGGCCAGGAACCGAUAUUUUUGAAUAUGUCGAGUGUGUGUGUUGAUACAAGUAUGCAUGAUAACGAGGAAAAAUGUUUCAGCAUAGCCCCUACACUAACAUUGUAUGCCAAAUAGCUGGUUCUUCGCCAUUUUUUCAUGUUUUAGUAUGUGACUUAUGAGGAAUGUGUAAAGCGAGCAGCGGCGGCUAAUGCAAAAUGUCGCAGAUCCAACAGUUCUCAUCUAAAGGUUGACAAGAUUUGUACCGACCUUGACCAAAGGCUAAAGAAGAUUUGCAGCACGUAUAGUGCAAAAGGUUAGUAUUAAAGAAUCCCUCUCGCUAACUUGGAUCAAUGUCGCCUUUCUUGGGCUAGCUUGCAUCAAUGUUGCCUUACGCUCUUUCGAGAGAAUAUGAAAUGCCCAUAUUAACCUGACCCUUUUCUUGCGUACUACUCUAGAUCCGCCCCCGCACAUAUUUAUUCAGGGGCUUUUUCUCUGCUGGGAACUGGUAUCUAUAUUGUACCUUGCUUUGAAGCUCACCUGUAGUUUACACAAUGGUACGAAAGGCAAUUGUUAGUUUUGGGAAUUUGAUUAAAAAAAAAGAGGACACAAACAAUGAAAAAAAUAGCCGCCCUUUUUUAUCUCAUUUAAAAAAUAUAUAAUGGUUCAGUAAUUGUCAGUUUCCUUCACGAUCCAAAGAGAGACUAUCAUUACCUUCAAAUUGUCUUCAAAUUGUCUUUUCUGGAAUCCGUCCUUUACCAUAGUAAAAACGAAACUAUUCAGAAUUUAUUCUGUCAUUUCAUGAGACUUUCAAACGAUGAACAAAGUUCCGUUUUCUUACGCAGUUUAAAACAGCCGAUAUUUCGCGACGUAAUCACUGGAUCCCUUGCGAACGACCUCUGAACGACUGCAGAAAUUCCAUACUGACGAAAUAUCACUAUACAGAUCUGAGUAGCAGCCUCUGAUUGGUUGAAGCAAAUUUCCCCAGUGGCACGACCAAUCAGAAGCACGACCCAGAUCUUUGUAGUGACACGUUAUCAGUAUGGCGGAAUCUCUCGGCGCUCCUCUUGAGGAAACCAGUGGUGGAUGGCAUCGAGAAAUUUCGGCUGUUCUCAGGCUAGGAACAAACGCGCCUUGGAUAAAGACAAGAACUCCAGAAUAAAACCAAUUAAACCCAUUAUCGUCAGCAUAUAAAAGCUUCUUGCAACUCUUAAUUUUAUCUUUUUUUAAUCAGCAUCAUGUCUAGAGUGUUUUGAUAAACUGGAAAAUGCCGUGGAAAGCUGCAAAAAUUUCUCCGAGAUGAUUCACUGUAAAAAUAACUUGACAGACGUAAAAUGCGAGGAAAUGAAAGCGUCUCUUAUCAGUUACUGUAGCAGUAAGGAAUGUGACGGUAAGAAGUUCAACUCAAAAGAUAAUCAACUACAACUGAGAAACCUAUUAUCAGUUUCUUUAAUUGAUAACAAGUAAGAAUGAUCGAAAAUAUUUGCUGUGACGACGUUUCAAAGCCAUUUGAUUUAAUUUUAAAAUGUUCACAUUAAGACUUAUACACCACCCUUGGUUAAGUGUUUAUUUUUAAUAACUUUGUCAAUCAACAAAGGAGCAUGUUUGAGAGAAGGCACAUUAUCUUUUCACUAAUUUUUCUUAUCGCCUGCGUGCUUAACCUUUUGCAAGAAAAGGAAGUAAUUAAAAGUGAUUAGGCGUUAUACAAUAAUUGAUCCCCUGAGACCUUAGACUAGAAGACUUGGGCAAGGGCUUAUUUUCUGUUCCAGUCUUUCUCCCAACCUCGACUCCAGGGCCUUUCCCUUUGAAAAUGGGAGGAGCGGGAAACAUCAGUAACUAACGAUGCAUUUGAAAUAUGCCGAAAUGUUGGCAAUUGUUGUCCACGAAAAUAUGAAACCUGGGGACAAUACCCCUGAAUGACGAGAGGCUCUCACAAUUUCCAACAAAAACUUAACGAAUUGUAGCUCUUAUUUUACUGCCUUAAUAGUCAUUAAUAAUCUUGAAACUCAAAGGUCGUAUAAAACGACGAUUAAUCUCGAGAAUCUUAAAUUUUUCCAAAAAAAAAAAAAAUAUAUAUAUAUAUAUAUAUGUAUUUAGCCGGGCAAAAUUAUUCGCUUAUCUGCUUAAGUGGAGCAAAAUGUUUACAAAACCGCUAACAAGAGUGCCUCUGUACAUACCAAUCAAAUCCGUCUUUCUAGCAGUCGGCUAAGGCAUUUUCCAUGAUCUUCCACAUACGCUUUUAAAAAGAUCGAAACUACUAAGACGUGAAAUUACAUUUCAAAAGCCCUUCUUUUUCUACAGAUUGAAGAUGAAGAUUGUCCAGUUUUUUUUGUCCAGGUUUUUCGAUAACUUUCUCAUAUCUCUUGCUUGAACUUCACGAACAUCGAGGCGGCUAUUGGAGGAAAACGCUCUUCUGAAAGAUUUUGGAAGAAGAGUUCCUAGUGCCGAGAAAUACGGCUGCAACUCAAAAAGGUUAUGGCGUCAUUUCUUUGCUAUGACAACUUCGAUGUCAUUAUAACCUUGAUCAUAACAAAUGUUGAUCUUUAUCUAUACUAGUACAGCUGUAGUGGUAAUUUUUCCAAAUCUUUGUUAAUGGUGACAUAGUUUAUGUUCAAACAUGGGAGGUAUCGACCCUGAAGAACCCUAUCGAGCCACCCUUAAGACAAAUAUUUCAGUAACUGUCGUUAACGUUAACGCUAUUCAUCUCCACGUAUUUUGAAGAUCAAUUUAGGAUUAGCUGGGAUUCUAACCCCCCCUUUUUCGUUUGCCUGAAGUCUGCAAAGAACUUUACUGCCGCAACGGAGGGAAGUGCGCAGGUCCUACUGCUGCUAUGCGCAAAUGCCCAGUAGGUUACGGAGGAGUAUUUUGUCAAAAGAGUAAGUAUUUCUACUCUAUCUAAAACAAUGGCAGGCCCGUAGGAACAACUUUGAAAGUGACAGGCCUAGGGUACGACGGUUAGCAGUCUUAGCAGCCGAGUCUGGUGGCCUAUCAGUGGUUAUGGGUCAGACUCCCAUUCCUGUAAGGGGGUCCGUCGGUAUUCUUCCCACAAAAUAUAGUAUUCUUAAAUAGGCCAUUUUACAGUUAUAGAUGGAAAAAAGGCUGGAGUUGACGUUGUUUUGAUAAACACUUUCUGCUUUCUUAUGUAACUCAUGUUGUUCUUAUUACGCUAACUAUUAGUUUUAAAGCAUAAUUUCCAUAUCAAACAAAGGUGGUUUGUAUCAACGGCCACGCUCACAUUCACUGUAGAUACACGUACUUCAUAACGGCACCGUGGAUAGAAAUCAGAUUUGGCUAAAAUCAACAAAACGUCUAAUGCAAACGCGAAAGUGGACGCAAAGGACUGAGCCCGACUCCCGGUACUCAGUUACCGCUCUGCCAUGGGCCAAUUUGGUUUUAAGAUCGGGCGGGCCGUCGUCACUGUCGUCGUGAUGUCUUUACUAAAUCUACCCACUUGUUUUGUGGCGGGCCUGAUCGGUAACGCCUCCUUACUUGCCCCUUUAGUUACGGUGGCAGUUCUGUUCGUGCAGAAGCCCCGGCUCGGAAUUAGACAUUGUAUUCCUCUAUAAUAACGAAACGUCAAUCACGGGGGCUCCUUACAUGAGUCUUCACUAUAGUUAGUAAAUGUUCGCUGCUAUGUACUAACAUAAACAUUCUCUUCUGUUUCUAAGGCAAGUGUGCAAGCAAUCCUUGCAAGAAUGGUGGCACGUGUAUCGGUGAUAGCCUCUGUAAGUGUCCACCUCUUUAUGUUGGUGCUCAAUGUGAAAAAGCAAGGCUGGGAACCAAGAACAACCCUGCACAGAACGCUCAGGAAAUCCUCAACGCCGGUGAUAGUUUGGGCAGUGGCUUGUAUUGGAUCCAACCACAAGGUGAAACAGCCCGAGCUCAAACGUACUGUGAUAUGAGUUUUGCCGGUGGUGGGUGGAUGCUAGCAAGUUACGGAUACGUUUACACAGGUGGCGCAAGCAGCAAAAGUACCAACAAUAAGCCCAUUCCAAAUAUGAACAAUCCUUUUGGUUACGCCUGGCUUCCCACCAAACGCAGUUCCCUCAAUGGACUCGUCGAUCUUCCGCAUGGUGCAGUAAACAUGGCCAACAAUGCUCGCUAUAUGAUCAUGGCUGCCGGUAACAACCCAGCCACGGGGGGAAUCGGUCAAUAUCAAUACGUGUACCGGAUUUCUCUUAAGGAUAACCCCUAUAACAUUUCUUUUGCCAAUCACAAUCGCUAUCAUGGCGGACAGCCGGGUCGUAUGCAUGUCCAGGAGUUCUUUGUUGAAGCGCUUAAGGGCGAAAGUGGGACAUACUUGAGAUUUGCACUGGGGGAGGCCUUGGGGGUGACAUGGGGUGACUCUUACCCCACCGGGUACGGUUUCAAUGAUAAAAAAGCCUCACAUGCAUCCUUUGACAAGGGUCCUUUUUUUCCCAGUGUGCAUUCCGGAUCUGGACAUAACCAGCGUUUUGGUUGCACUCAGUUCAAUUUCCAGCCGGAUGUACCGUGUGGGAUUCCUGAAUACAAUCAUCGUGGGUGGUACACUGCUAACAGUUUUGGGAAAACUGGUCAGACCUCAAUUUGGUUUAAGUGAAGGAAUAUUUUAGGAGUGUAAAACACCAGAACUUAGAAGUUUCUACUUUGAUAUACAUGUAGGAUGCGCUUAAUAACUAAACCUAGCCAGAAACAGACUUGAUUCCUUGACAAGCAUAUGUUAAAAAAUAAAAUUACAUUAACCUUGA